ACCCCGAGGGAAGCAGCCUCGGAGUUUUUAACUGCGGUGCAGGACGUAAUUAUCUCAUUAGGGCGAGAGAGCCGGGCUCGUCCCGGGGGAGGCGACCCCGCCGCGGGGGGGGGGGUCCGGGGGGGCCCCGCCGCCGCCUGCAGCCGUCGGGCCGGGAGCAGCGGCCCCUCCGCCCGCGGCGCGGCCACUUACACUUGUUGAUAGAAGCACUUAAACGGGCCGGGGGGGGAUGUGGAAGGGGUGAAAGAAAAGGGAGAGAAGCGGCUUUUCCGCCCGCUCUGCCCCCCCGGGCGGGUGCGCGGCUCGGCCCCGGCGGGGGGCAGGUCGCCGGGCCGGGGGGCGAGGGGCCGCCCCGCUCGGCUCGAGCAGGGGCGUUUGUUUGAGCAGCUCCAGAGCAAAGAGCGAGGGAAGAAAGUUUGGGCUGGAGCGUGGUUUUUUUCCCCAGACGUCAGCACAAGGCGGAACAGGGGCUGGGGAGGGAGCCCGGCUCGCAGGGCAGCCGAGAGUUUUUUUCUUUUUUUUUUUCCCCCCUUUUUAAUUAUUAUUAUUUGGGGGGGGGGGAGGUGGGGAAGGGGGCCGGGGAGCGGCCCGGCACCUCGGGGUGGGCUGCGGGCUGGGGGGGGGGAGCCAUGGACUCGGCGCCAGCCUUCGCCAUGGACAAGCCGUUCGCCCCCAGCGCCGUGCGCGGCCCGGAGCCGCCCGAAAACCCCCAAAGCCGGAAAAACUUCAGCGUGAGCCACCUCCUCGACCUGGAGGAGGUGGCGGCCGGCAUGAACGGGGCCCCCCCCGGCGGCCCCCCGCCCGCCGGCGGCGCCAAGGCCAUGCCGGAGCCGUCGGGAGGCAGCAGCGGCAGCGAGGCAGCGCCCCAGGACGGCGAGAGUCUGAGCCCGAGCCGUGGGGCGACCAAGAGGAAGAAGAAACAGAGGAGGAACCGCACCACGUUCAACAGCAGCCAGCUCCAGGCUCUGGAGAGAGUCUUUGAGAGGACACACUACCCCGAUGCCUUCGUGCGAGAGGAGCUGGCGAGAAGGGUGAACCUCAGCGAGGCGAGAGUCCAGGUCUGGUUUCAGAACCGGAGGGCCAAGUUUCGCCGUAAUGAGAGGGCAAUGUUGGCCAAUAGAUCAGCAUCGCUCCUCAAAUCCUACAGCCAAGAGGCAGCCAUUGAACAGCCCAUGGCCCCACGGCCCACCGCUCUGACCCCAGAAUAUCUCUCCUGGACCAGCACCUCUCCAUACAGCACUGUGCCAUCCUACAGCUCAAGUGGGACCGCGACCCCCACCCAAGGGGUGAAUAUGGCCAACAGCAUUGCCAGCCUACGCCUCAAAGCCAAAGAGUUCAGCCUGCAUCAGAACCAGGUGCCAACUGUGAACUGACUGGGGCAAAACACCCCUGGUGCCCUCAUCCAAGAUACCAGUGUGGAGCUCCUGUGCCGGUCCAGGACGAACCCAGCGCCCGCCCAAUCCAAGUGCCACUCAUCCAAUGUCUCAGCACCUCUCCUCUCCUUUUCCCUUUUGAAGGUAGAGUCAGUCCCAGUCCAAAGUGGCACAUAUUAUAGACACAUAUGGAGCAAACUUGGUUAGAAACUUGCUUUUCCGCACAUCCUUAUAAUAAAGGCUAUAUAUACACACACAUACCCCCCACACUCUUCGAGGAUAAACAGACUUGCCAAGUUAACAAGAAUUUGCUUCCAAACAUGGAAGGAUCUUGGACUAUUGGUUUUGACCAAUUUGGGUAUCCUGCCCAGAGAGCCAAGGAGUUAUUGGGUCUUCUCCUCCCACAGGGACAGCGUUCAGUGGUGGGAGGAUCGCGACACUGCAUGAGGCCGUUGUAUAGAGCCCCCUUUCCUCUGGGCUGUCGCUGCACCGGGACUGUUCAGCAAUCCGGCUCGCGUUACUCAAUAGUGUGGCCAAAGCCGACGUGCGGGUUUGCCUAUCUGUACAUCACCAGGCUGCAAUGCCGGAGAGAGACUUCUGCGAGCCAGCGAUGCACCCCUGCAGUGUACGUCCUUGGCUGUGCCCCCGCACCGCACUGGCUACAUUUAGGAGCUGCCCGUGUCAGCACAGAUUGAUGCUGUUGGGCUUUACCCAUUCCCAGAGAGGUGGGGACGGCUGGAGCAUCUCGAAAGACUCACUCCAAGCCCGUGAGCUCUCCUGCUAGCUGGGGGGGCUCCACGAUAGCGCUCCAAACAGACCCUGUUGCUCUGAGUCGAUGAAUUUGCCAGCGAUUCUGCAGAGCCCCAGGUCAUUGAACCGUCCCAGGGAAAGAGAAAAUUGGAAAAAGCUGUUGGUUUCAGCUGAGUAGGCGGCUCCCAGCGCUUCGUGCCAACGGCAAAGCAGGCUUCGUCUUCCGGAGGCACAGCCUCCCCUUCGGCAGCUCCGCAGAUGUGUUUAGGAGUCUGGGGCUGGCGACUCCACAGGGUUUUUUUUAUUUUUGCAGAAAGGAAAAGGUUUCCCUCUCGCCCCACCCCACCACGUAGUUGAAUGAAGGGGCUCUUGACUGCAAGGUGGGAUGUGGGCACAUGGGACCAGCACAGGGCCUGGGAGAGCCCUUGGCGUCCUGCUCUGGUGGGAAAGGUUUAAAAUAGCCAUGCUAGGGAAAGAGAGCUGGACCGAGAGCCCUCGAGAGAGAGUUUCCCACCACAUGGGCAACCUCACCCCAUCUACGCCACCCAGUCCUGCAUCCCGCACACGUAGGGCUUGGUGGCAGAGAGAAGAGCCCUCAGCCUCCAUCCAUCCUUGGUCCUUCUGCUGCGGCUGCAACAGCGCAAGACAAUCGGGUGCCAAAGCAACGGAGGCUUCACCGUAUGGACAAGAAGUCCGCUGGGAACCAGACCAGCCUUUCCUCACUUACUGCAAAGAGCCACCAGCCCAGCAUCAGCGUUUGGAGACUACUGGCUCGAACCAGUGUGGCCUGGAAGGAAAAGGCAUCCGCCCUGCUUUCCUACAAGGGCCUUGGAUGAGCCAGGGAAGCUGGAACGACCCAGGGAACGCAGCAGUAAGUUGGAGGGCCAAUACAGCAACUGCUGAGUUGCUUCCUGCAGAUAAACACCCUCCAGGACGCAAGGCUGGGAGGGCCCAGACUACCCGUAUGCCUGCCCAGGAGAGAGCCCGGGUCCUCCCCAGCCCUCCCAAGAGCAUCCCGCCACACUGGGGCUCUGGCUGCCGCUGAUCGCGGUACCUGGCGGCUGCAAUGACACCGGGACCCUCUGCUUCACCCAAACGGCGCCCUCGCGGCGCAGGGAAUUCACCCCGCAACCAGAGGCCAUUUCACCGAGCCGAGAUGCAGAGACCCGUGCGUUUCAGCGGCCGAGGGACCCGGCCCCUUGGGGCGAUGCUGCCAGCAGUGCUGCCCCGCGCUGCCCCGACCUCCGCUCCCACCUCGCCAGCACGAGGGGCCGGGGCAGAGGCGGGAGAGGAGCGUGCAGCCCCUCCGCCGUGGGGUGAAGCCUAUGCAGUCACACGCAGCCCCCAACGGCAGCUUUGCUGCUCCACCGAGUGCAAACCCAUCGCGCUCAGGAGCGGAGCCUCCUCUCCGAGCACCGCGGCCAGAGGGGAUGCAACGGGCAUCGCCCAUCCGAUCUAGGUAGAAAAAAAAAUCUCCUUAAAUACCCACCCCGUGCCCCUCACCCCUGUUUCCAGGGCUGGUUACUCCUGGCUUUACCCAGUCGGACUGCAACGGGGAGGGAAGGGGAGCACGAAGGACCCCAGAGAGCCGCGACGCAGAGACCUCGCAACAGCCGAGAUGCGCCAGGCUGGGGAAGAACCGGAGUCGCUGCAGAUCAAAACAUUCUCCAUGAGAAAUGCCGCUUGGGGCAGGAGGAGGGGAACGCCGGGGCUCCUAUUCCCAUGGAAAGCACGAGGCUCUUUUUUCAGUUAUACAAGAUGAAACCACAGGGAUAUAAAUGUCGUUGCCUCUUUGAGAGCAUUAAUGAAAAUAAACCCAUUUAAUAGUUUGCAGAUGCCAUUUCUGUAAACCUAAAAAAAAGCAGGGAAUAAAUAUUUCUUCACUAAAUAUCUAUAUGUAUAUAUAUAUUUGAAAACAUUCACGCCUAAUCUUAGGGCCCCUCCUUUGCCAUACUCUUGGCAACUUAUCACAGAUUGUCGGUCAGUGUCAAAGCCUCACGGAGAGGAGGCACAAAUUGCACCCAUGGAAGGAUAUCAGGAUGGAGGGAUUAUUGUAAUCUAAGCUUGCUCCCUCUCCUUUUUCAUUUGUACAUUGCAAUUACUUGUAACAAGAUCCACGGUGGAUUUUUUUUUUUUUUUUUUUUUUGCAUGUCUAUGUUUUGGAAAUUUUUGUAAGGUUUUUUUGUAAAAACAACUCUUGUGAAAUAAUGGAGGAAUAAAUAUU